AUGUCUUCCUCCACAGCUCAGAAUAUCUACGACUCGGAAGACUUCUUCCACAACUACGCCCAGCUCCCCCGCAUGAAGCAGGGCCUGGCCGGCGCGUCCGAGUGGCCUCUACUCUACCGCAUGCUACCGCCCGUCACCGGACGCCGAGUCCUCGACCUCGGAUGCGGCGACGGCAUCCUCAGCCUCUGGGCGGCCAGCGAGGGCGCCGCGCAGGUCAACGCGUAUGACAUCUCGCUCAACAUGCUCCGGCGCGCCCGCGAGAACGCCGAUGUCCUUUUCGCCGGCGACGACUACCAGAGCAAGAGGGCGCCGGUGUUUGCACGCAUGGACUUGGAGGACGUCAACCUCGACAUCCCGGACGGCUCCGUCGACGUCUGCGUCAGCGGCUUGGCCCUGCACUACGUCUCCAACUUUGAUGCCCUCCUGAGCCGCGUCUUCAGGGCCAUGAAGCCCGGCGGCUCCUUUGUCUUUUCCAUCGAGCACCCCAUGUACACGGCACCCGUUGUCCCCGGCUUCCGGCCUAUGGAGGACACCGCCGCAGCCGCCCAAAACCCAGCAGGCAAGAACAACAACAACAACCACAACAAUGGCCAGGGGUCGGUGGCAGCCCAAGAAAGUGGCCCCAAGUUCUUCUGGCCCGUCGACAGCUACUUUUCCGAGGGCCAGCGCGAGGUCACUUGGCUCAACGGCGGCGUCCAGAAGCAGCACCGCACCAUGGCCAGCUACUUCAACAUGCUCGUCGCCGCUGGCUUCGUCGUCAAGGACAUGGCCGAGUGGGGCUCGACCGAGGACGCCCGCCGCAAGCACCCGGACUGGCCCGAGAACGUCUGCCCGCGCUUCCUGCUACUGGCUGCCCAGAAGCCUGCCGCCGUUGACGAGCCCGCCUCCACCUCUGCCAGGCUGUAA